AUGGGCCUGUUUCUUCUCGGACAGAUAACUUGGCAGGAUGUCGCCGCCGCGACGGACGUUGCUCCCGCGAUAGUGAGAAGAAAGCGAGUGAGGGCGAAAUUGAAGAAGGAAGAAGAAAGUGAAGCAGAAGAAGGACGAAGAAGAAAGCCACAGAGAGAGAGAGCCAGGGAGCCUGCGAAAGUGAUGAAGAAGAAAUUGAAGUCUGGAUCUGUAUGGGCUAGUGUGAGCUUAGUUGUGAAGGCUGUAAUUUUCUGGCACAAGAAAGAAAAUCUUGUGGAGCUAGUUUCUGUUGCACCCAUAAAGAGCAUUCUUUCCCUGCGAAGAGCUUCUGUUAUCCUCCGCUCGCAAGAGAACCAUCCUCUAGCAACAAGACUGCUCAGCACACAAGCAUCAACCACUCCUCCCACCCCACAAGCCCCUCCUCCACCCCCACCUCCCGAGAAAACCCACUUUGGCGGCCUCAAAGACGAAGACCGAAUCUUCACAAACCUCUACGGCCUUCACGACCCUUUUCUCAAGGGCGCCAUGAAAAGAGGCGACUGGCACCGGACCAAAGACCUUGUCCUCAAAGGCACCGACUGGAUAGUCAACGAGAUGAAGAAAUCCGGCCUCCGAGGCCGUGGUGGCGCCGGAUUUCCAUCCGGGCUCAAAUGGUCCUUCAUGCCCAAAACUUCCGACGGCCGUCCGUCAUACCUCGUCGUGAACGCCGACGAGAGCGAGCCCGGGACUUGCAAGGAUCGUGAAAUCAUGCGACACGAUCCACACAAGCUGUUAGAAGGCUGCUUGAUAGCUGGCAUGGGAAUGCGUGCUCGUGCAGCUUACAUCUACAUACGCGGCGAGUACGUGAACGAGAGGAUUAACCUCGUGAGGGCUCGCCAGGAAGCGUAUGAAGCCGGACUUCUCGGAAAAAACGCUUGCGGCUCGGGUUAUGAUUUUGAUGUGCACAUUCAUUUCGGUGCCGGGGCUUACAUAUGCGGCGAGGAGACUGCUCUCCUCGAGAGCCUCGAGGGCAAACAGGGAAAACCGAGGCUUAAGCCUCCUUUCCCGGCGAACGCGGGCCUCUACGGCUGCCCGACAACUGUCACGAAUGUCGAGACGGUCGCAGUCUCGCCUACGAUCCUGAGGCGCGGGCCUGAGUGGUUUUCCAGCUUCGGGAGGAAAAACAAUUCUGGGACUAAGCUGUUCUGCAUCUCGGGGCACGUGAACAAGCCGUGCACGGUUGAAGAAGAGAUGAGUAUUCCUUUGAAGGACCUUCUCGAGAGGCACUGCGGUGGGGUCCGCGGGGGUUGGGAUAAUCUGCUGGCGGUUAUACCGGGAGGCUCGUCUGUGCCUUUGCUCCCAAAACAUGUGUGUGAGGAUGUGUUGAUGGAUUUCGAUGCGCUCAAGGCCGUGCAGUCGGGUUUGGGGACUGCGGCUGUGAUUGUGAUGGACAAAUCGACUGAUGUUGUGGAUGCAAUUGCUCGGCUGUCGUAUUUCUACAAGCACGAGAGCUGUGGGCAGUGCACGCCAUGCAGGGAAGGUACGGGAUGGCUGUGGAUGAUUAUGGAGAGGAUGAAGGUUGGGAAUGCGAAAUUGGAGGAGAUUGAUAUGCUGCAUGAGGUGACGAAGCAGAUAGAGGGGCACACGAUUUGUGCGCUUGGGGAUGCAGCUGCCUGGCCGGUGCAGGGGCUUAUUAGGCAUUUCAGGCCAGAGCUCGAGAGGAGGAUCAGAGAGCGGGCGGAUAGGGAGCUGCAGCAGGUGGCCGCUGCUUGAUUCGUCUGAAAAAAAGGGAGCUGUAUACACUGUUAGAUUCCUUUGAAUAAAGUGGACACACAUUUCGGAUCCAUUUUCUCUGCUGCAAGUUCAGCUUUUGACGCUGGCGUGUGGAUGCACUAAGAUUCUACUUCCGAUAUGUUUUAUAGUUUGACUGGUUUAUGUAAAACGGUGUAAGAUGGGAAUUCGCCUCACCAGGAAUUUUUUUUGUCCCUUGAAUGACUUUUUUUUCUCUGUGUCUUUUUUGCUGUAUUGUUGAUGAUAACCUUUUGAAUCUGUUUAUGUUUAAUAAUAAUGUGUACCAUUACAGUUCUUCCUUUGUUGGCAAGAGCAAAUGUUGACUGAAUAUUUGUUGUAUUGCUGUGUUGGAGUUUUAUUUUAUUUUAUUUUAGUUUCAAUUUUCUAUAUUGUUCAACUUCAAGAAAAUGGGCCUUGCAUCAAUUUCCUUUCACAAGUUUUAUGUGUGAAAACAGAGGAACUAUCAGAUUGUGCCCAAUGAGUAUGCUAAAGUUGUGUUUUCUUUUUUUGUUUUUU